GGGGGGUCCCCGGUGGUGGCCGUGACGCCAUCACAGCGCGAGGGACGGGCAGGACCGGGCGGAAAUGUCCGUGGGGGCAGAGCUGCCGCUCCCGGUGCGUCAUCAGUGCGCGCUGGCGGCUGUCGCGGCUGCACGUGGGUCGGGCUCCAGCGCGCCGGUGGCCGCCGCCGCUCCGAGCGCCAGGGCGAUGCCAGCCAGGACGUGCUGCCAGGGCAGCCACCGGGGCUCAGUGUGCCCAUGAGGCCAGCGGGGCACAGCUGGGGUGGGUGGCAGGGCAGCGACAGGUCUUGCAGGGCAGAGGCAAGAGGAGCAGCUCACCAUGGAGUUCACAGUGAUCGACUACAGCAUCUUUGCGCUGCUGCUGUUGCUGUCAUCAGCCAUCGGGCUCUUCUACGCGCUGAGCGGGGACCGGCAGCGCACAGUGCAGGAGUUCCUCCUGGCCAACCGCAACAUGGGCUUCCUGCCCGUCGCCCUCUCCCUGCUCGCCACCUUCCAGUCGGCCGUGGCCAUCCUGGGUGUGCCGGCUGAGAUCUACCACUUCGGCACCCAGUACUGGUUCCUUGGCUGCUCCUACUUCGUGGGGUUGCUCAUCCCAGCACACAUCUUCAUCCCCGUCUUCUACCGUUUGCGCAUCACCAGCACCUAUGAGUACCUGGAGCUGCGCUUCAAUAAGACAGUGCGGGUCUUCGGCACCAUCACCUUUAUCUUCCAGAUGGUCAUCUACAUGGGGGUGGUACUCUAUGCACCCGCGCUGGCUCUCAAUGCAGUGACGGGUUUUGACCUCUGGAGCGCAGUGCUCACCAUGGGGCUGGUCUGCACUCUAUAUACGACAUUGGGCGGGCUGAAGGCCGUCAUCUGGACCGACGUCUUCCAGACACUGGUGAUGUUCGCUGGGCAGCUGGCCGUCAUUGUGGUGGGCGCCCAGCGGGUGGGUGGCAUGGCCCGCGUCUGGCGCCUGGCCGAGCAAGAGGGCAAGAUCUCUGGCAUCGACCUGAACCCCGACCCCUUUGAGCGGCACACCUUCUGGACCCUGGCAGUGGGGGGAGUCUUCAUGAUGCUGUCGCUGUAUGGGGUGAACCAGGCGCAGGUGCAGCGGUACCUCAGCUCCCGCAGCGAGCGGGAGGCCAAGCUUUCCUGCUACGCCGUGUUCCCCUGCCAGCAGAUCGUCCUCUGCCUCAGCUGCCUCACCGGCCUCGUCAUGUUCGUCUAUGACCGAGAGCAUACGCUGGCACCCAGCAACCGCCCCAAGUCAUCCGACCAGCUGGUGCUGUACUUUGUGAUGGAUGUGCUGAAGGACCUCCCGGGGCUGCCUGGGCUCUUUGUUGCCUGCCUCUUCAGCGGGUGCCUCAGCACCAUCUCCUCUGCCUUCAACUCGCUGGCCACGGUGACAAUGGAGGACCUGGUCCGGCCGCACUGCCCGCGGCUCUCAGAGGCACGGGCCACGCUGCUCUCCAAGCUGCUGGCUCUUGGCUAUGGAUUGCUGUGCCUGGGGAUGGCCUACGUGUCCUCCAUGCUGGGCCCCGUGCUGCAGGCUGCUAUCAGCAUCUUCGGCAUGGUGGGAGGCCCGCUUCUGGGGCUCUUCUGCCUCGGCAUGUUCUUCCCCUGUGCCAACCCCACGGGUGCUGUCGUGGGGCUGCUCGCCGGCCUGGCCAUGGCCUUCUGGGUGGGCAUUGGCAGCCUGGUACGCAGCAUGGGGGCAGCUGCAGGGACCCCCCCACCCAACAGCACUGUGCUCCCCACCAUGGGCAACCUCACCACCGUAUUCGCCACUACUCUGUUGGCCCCCACGGAGGCCCCGAAGAGCCCCACAGGGCUGCAGAAGUUCUACAGCCUGUCCUACAUGUGGUACAGUGCCCACAACUCCACCACUGUCAUCGUGGUGGGGCUCCUGGUCAGCCUGCUCACUGGCCCCACACCGGCAGCAUCUGUGGACCCCCGCACCAUCUACCCCGUCCUGCCUCACCUGCUCUGCUGCCUGCCCCAGAAGUACCGGCAGAAGCUCUGCUGUGGGGUGGGUUUCCCUGACGAGAACGCCGAUGCCGUGGAUGCAGUGGUGAAGACCAAUGGGGUGCCCAAUGGUUUGCCCCUCCCCGGGCCUGGGCAGCAGGAGCAAGAGGAGGGACAGGGCUACAUUCGUGCAGCCGGGGCCCCUGCAUAUGCUGUGCAGGAAACCUCCUUCUGAGCUGCCACCCCUUGGCAUGGGGUUCCCAGACACCCCCCAAGCCAUUCCCCAGUGCCCCCCUGGGCAGGGGGCACAAACUCCCCUCCCCCCCAGGAUACUGGGGGAGCACCAAAGAGCUGGGGGGGCUGAGUCUCUGCUGGGGGGGGGGGGUGAUCAGGCUGCACCCCCCUCUGGGCUGGCCCCGAGCCCUGGGGGCUGUGGGACCACAGGCUGGGGGUGUCAGAGCGGUGCUCCCCACUCCCCCUAGGCCAGGGCAUUGCCCGGUGCCCCGGCCUGGCCAUGUGCCUUACACACAGCUCCCAGGCUGGGGGCUGCCAGCACCCUCAGGGCGCCGAGCGCCUCCCUCCAUCCAUCCAGCCCCCCAUCACCCAUCUCUCUUUCCACUGUCUCCCAAUAAACGGUUCUAGAGCGCAAA